UUAUCUAAUACCCAUUGGCAUAAUCGUGAUAUUUCGACGAAAAGUGUCUUAUUAUUUCUAAAAUACGAUGAAAGAUUAAUGACUACCUUAAAAGAAAAUCCUUGUCUAAGAAAAAAAAAAAGAAAAAAACAUUUCUUUCGUAGCGCUUGCCAAAGGCUCAAUCGUCGCCAACAAGGGGCGUGAGUGUACGCGCAAUCACAUGGACCCGACUAUGAGCUAGCUAUCAAUUUAUCAGACACAGUCCAUAUCUUAAAUAGACGCCAUGAAAAUGAUAGCUACUUACAGUACCCCCAUACUUUCAUAGUCUCUUUUUUCUCCUUUUUCCAUUAAAUUCUUUUGAUAGUUUUUUUUUUUCUUUUUUGUUUUUUUGCCCUUUAUCUCUCUCAUAUAAUUAAUGUCCUUAUAGGCAGUUGUCGGUGGAACAGUAACAUAGCAUCCUAUGCAAGAACUGUCCCUGCAUUGUCUUUCUCUGUGUGGACACUGGACAAUGAACUGAAGUGAACUCAUAAUAUAUGUACUCUCGGUGUCUAUACAUACUUAUAAUCUGUUGCAUUAACCUCCUUUGCCUUACCCAUCAAGACUUUUGGUGUGUGUUCACUUACACUCUUUCACAACAGUCUCUAAUAACUUCAGUUUUCUUCUCUCUCUCUCUCUCUCUCUCUCUCUCUCUCUUCAUAUCAUCAGCUUCUUGAUGAUUAGGGGAAAACAUAAUGGAGGUUUCUCCAUUAUUUAGCUUUUGACAACAUUCUUUUUAAGCUAUUAGGCCAGGAGCAAGUGAAAAAAUGGACAACAAAUCAUGGCUUUGGAAGAAAAAAUCUUCAGAAAAGACGAUCAUUGCAACAAACAAAUUUGGCAUUUCUGUGAAAGGAAUCAAUGAAGAGCUUCCAUUGGGGAAUGAAGUAGGAGUGGCUAGACCUGUAAGAAACUUGAAUGAGAAGUUAGCUUCAGUGCUCCUUGAUUCACAUGCCAAAGAUGAUCUUGUAUUAAAACAAGAAAACUCGGUGCAGGAAGAAAAUACAGGGCAGGAGAAGAUGGAAAUGCAAGUAGUGUCUCUUAAAAAGGAACUAGAUGAGGCUAUUAAGCAGGGAGUUGCUGCAAAUGAAAAAUUAACAAUUUCAGAAGCUGCUUUGAAGCAAUGCAUGCAACAACUGAGGUCUGUUCAUCAAGAAGAGGAGCAAAGAAGACAUGACGCUUUCAUGAAAGCAUCAAGAGAGUCUGAGAAGGCACAGAAACAAUUGGAAGAGAAGUUGAGAGAGAUGAGCAAAAGGCUUGCAGAUCUAGCCAUAGAGAAUACAAACUUGAGCAAAGCCCUAGUACUUAAAGAGAAAUUGGUUGAGGAACUGCAUAAACAUGCGUCUCAGACAGCAGCAGAAUUCAAUGCGCUGAUGGCUAGAUUGGAUUCCACAGAAAAAGAGAAUGCUUUUCUGAAGUAUGAGUUUCACAUGCUUGAGAAGGAGCUCGAGGUUCGCAGUGAGGAAUUGGAGUAUACCCGUCGGUCUGCUGAGGUAUCGCACAGACAACAUUUGGAGAGCAUUAGGAAAAUCACAAAGUUAGAAGCAGAAUGCCAGAGGCUCCAGAUCCUAGUGCGAAAAAAGCUGCCAGGUCCUGCUGCUUUGGCAAAGAUGAAGAACGAACUUGAGAUGCUGGGAAGGGAUUCUUUAGAGUCAAGAAGAAAGGCAAAUCUCACGAGGGAUUUGGUUCUUAGAGACACACCCUUGGAAAAGUCUCCUGUCAUCCCUAUAAAGAACAUCAACUUCCUGAUUGAGCAAUUACAGGAUACAGAAGAAGAAAAUAAGACCCUCAAAGACAUACUGACCAAGAAGAAUGCAGAGCUCCGAUCUGCAAGGAUCAUGUAUUCACAUACAGCUUCAAAGUUAUCACAGGUUGAGUCUCAGCUUGUAGUGAUUUCUAAAGGUCAGAAAGCUAUGGAUAUGGUCAAUUCUGCUAGCCCAUUGUCAAAAGAACUUUAUCCUCUAUCAGGUUUUGACACUGGCAGUGAUGAUGGAGUUAGCUCUUCUGGAUCAUGGGCCAAUCCUAUAACCUCAGAAUUGGAACAUUUCAGAGAUGCGAAACUCAAGAGUCUACCAGAAUGCAAGUCUAUUGAAGUUUCAGACAUCAGUUUAAUGGAUGAUUUUGUUGAGAUGGAGAAAUUGGCUUUAGUUUCUGCACAAGCACCUUCUGGAGGUUGUAAUCACCAUCUCUCUGCUGGUAAAGAACUAGUUCCAGUGGUGCAAAGUCAUUUUGACUGCAGUGACAAACAGGAGAUCCACUCAAAAGAUAUUGCUACUGAUAAAUCCUUUGAUUGGCUUCAAGAGGUUUUGAAUACAAUCUUCAAACAACAGCGCAUUUCAAAACGAAGCCUCAUUGAACUCCUUGAGGACAUUAAAAUUGCUCUGGGUUAUGUAAAUCAUCCAAGUGCUCUUGAAGCUGAUACAACAGCAAUCUCAAGGCAUCCAGUGGAAUCUGAUAUCAGAAGUUAUAUCACUUGGAAGUCUCCAAACAUAUCUUCAGUCGUAGAGUCAGUCAAUGAAGCUUCCAGUGUUGACACCUUAAAGGAAGAAACAAGUAAACAACAUAGUCAAUCUAAUAUGAGCAAGUCAAUCUGCAAGAUUAUUCAGCUUAUUGAAGGAAUCGAUCCAACACCUUUAGUCUGCAACAGUGCAAAAGUUGAUGUAUCUAAAGGGAAAGAAAGUCUGUCACCAUUAGGAGCUCGCGCAGAUUACUUUGUCCAUGUUUUUCAAUGGAGGAGUUUCGAACUUAAGAAUGUACUAGAGCGAUUUCUUCAUACCUGCAGUGCUAUGUUGAAUGGAAAAGUUGAUCCUGAAAGUUUUGCCGAAGAAGUGUCAUGUGCUUUAGACUGGAUACUGAACAACUGUAUUAGUCCUAAAGAUUCUUCAAGCAAAAGAGAUAAAAUAAAAAGGCAUUUCAGUCAAAAUGAGUCGCAAAGUGAAAGUGAAGCUGGAGGUUAUCUGAAUCAUCCACAAGUGGAAGAGAAGUCAUUAUGUUUACCCAUUAUCGCUUCUUCAGAUGACCAAAAGAUAUGCAAUCUGCAAGACGAAAACAAGAGACUAAAUGAUAAGCUGAAGAAUAUGGAGUGCAGGCUUCAAUCUGCAACUGAUGAGAUUGAGACUUUAAAAAUGCAGUAUCCAGAAUCAGAACAAAGCAUUAAAAGCUUACAGUUAGAAUUGGAAACCACGAAAGAAUCCAAGAGAAUGCUCGAGGAUCAGAUCGAACAUCAGAACUCAAUAAAUGAAGAUCUUGAUACACAGCUUACAGUUGCCAAAGCUAAACUGAAUGAGGUCUUACAGCAAUUCUCAGCUUUGGAAGUUGAAUUGGAAGAAAAAUGCAACUGUUGUGAAGAAUUAGAAGCAACUUGUCUGGAGCUUCAGCUCCAGCUGGAAAGUGUUGCAAAGAAGGAUUCUCUCAAUUACAGUGUAAAUCAAGAGGGACCACAGCACCAAAAUGGUUCGGAGAUCACAGCAGCUUCUUUAAAGUUGGCAGAAUGCCAAGAGACUAUCCUUAACCUUGGAAAACAACUGAAAGCACUUGCAACACCAAGGGAAGCAGCCCUGUUCGACAAAGUAUUCAACAGCACUAGUUCCACAACCACUGCCACAGUAAAUAAGAACUUGAACAGGCGUUUCUCCUUGCGUGAUCAAAUGAAAGCUGAAGAUAGUGCUAAGGCAAUAAUUCUCAAAUCUCCCACCAAAGAUUCAGAAAAUCCUUCUAAUAACAGCAAUGCACAGGGUACACCUAAUGUCCUGGUACGUACACCAGAAGCAAAAGAUGAUCCAAAGCAGAAAGCUGGUAAUACCUUAGUUGGAGGAGCUCUUGCAAUUGUACCUGUUAAAAAACAAGGAGGAGUUGGUUUCCUGAGAAGGCUGCUAAUGAGAAGGAAGAAAGGAAGCAGCAAGAAGUCCCGUCUCGAUCCCUAGUUGAACACAGAACUCCUUUUCUUGAACAAUGAAACCCAGCUUUGCUCAUGGUUUGAGGCACCAUAUAUUAUUUUAAUUCAUUUUCUUUCUUUUCGGAGAGCGAGCGAGCAGGGUAUAGAAUGUUUUUCGAGUACUGCUGAAGUGUGUGUAUAUAGGCAUUAGAGAGUUUACUGUGAGACCAAUAAUGGAAAGAAUAAGAGAGAUUGUGCGUGUUGCUUUAGUGAAUGUGAUGUAUGUAACUGGUUUCAUUUCA